CUCCAUCUUCAACUUCCCACAUCCAUCACUCGUGCUCAUCCACUGAAAAAGCCCCAAAACCCUCUCUAAAGCCCCUGCACAAGGGCCCUACCUCCCCACAAGGCACAAGUGCUUUCCCACACAGCCGCCAUUAUCACCUCCCCCUCACUCUCACUCCCACUCCCCAACGCUCACAUUCCCCUCUCCAAUGGAGCUCACCCUCCCCCUCCUCCUCCAUGUCGUUCUCCUCCUUGCGAGCCACUCGCUUGUCAAUGCCGAAGGCGGCAACGCGACAACCUACAUCGUGUUCAUGGACGCGGCGCGCAUGCCGGCCGUUCACCGAACCCCGGCCCACUGGCACGCGGCGCACCUCCAGUCCCUGUCCAUCGACCCGGCGCGCCACCUGCUCUACUCCUACUCCGCCGCCGCGCACGGAUUCGCGGCGGCGCUGCUCCCGGCCCACCUGCCCCUGCUCCGGGCCAGCCCCGAGGUGCUCCAGGUCGUGCCGGACACCGUGUUCCAGCUCCACACCACGCGCUCCCCGGAGUUCUUGGGGCUGCUCGCGCCGGCGUACCAGCCUGCCAUCCAGAACCUGGAGGCGGCCACGCACGAUGUGGUCAUAGGGGUUCUUGACACCGGCGUCUGGCCGGAGUCCCCGAGUUUUGCCGGCGGCGACCUACCGCCGCCUCCCGCGCGGUGGAAGGGGGUGUGCGAGGCUGGCGUGGACUUCCCACCGAGCUUGUGCGGGAGGAAGCUGGUCGGCGCGCGCAGCUUCUCGCGCGGGCUCCGUGCGGCGAACGGCGGCGCAAUAGGCGUGGGGAAGAGGGAGUUCAGAUCAGCGCGGGACAGGGACGGGCAUGGGACGCACACGGCGACCACGGCGGCUGGCGCGGUGGUGGCGAACGCGAGCCUGCUCGGGUACGCUCCGGGGACGGCGCGCGGGAUGGCGCCCGGGGCGCGCGUGGCCGCGUACAAGGUGUGCUGGCCGGAGGGGUGCCUCAGCUCCGACAUCCUCGCCGGCAUUGACGCCGCCGUAGCCGACGGGGUGGGCGUGCUGUCGCUAUCCCUUGGCGGCGGCGCGGCGCCGUACUUCCGGGACACCGUGGCGGUGGGUGCCUUCGGUGCCGCAGCGGCCGGCGUGUUCGUCUCCUGCUCCGCCGGAAACUCCGGCCCAUCCGGCGCCACCGUGUCGAACUCCGCGCCGUGGGUCGCGACCGUCGGCGCCGGCACGCUCGACCGCGACUUCCCAGCCUACGUCACGCUCCCCACAGGCGCGCGCCUCGCCGGGGUGUCCCUCUACGCGGGGCCCUCCUCCUCCCCCCGCCCCGCCAUGCUCCCGCUCGUCUACGGUGGCGGGCGCGACAACGCGAGCAAGCUCUGCCUCUCGGGGACGCUCGACCCGGCCGCGGUGCGCGGCAAGAUCGUGCUCUGCGACCGCGGCGUCAAUGCGCGCGUGGAGAAGGGCGCCGUCGUCAAGGCCGCCGGCGGCGGCGGGAUGGUGCUGGCCAACACGGCGGUCAGCGGGGAGGAGCUCGUGGCGGACAGCCACCUCCUCCCGGCCGUGGCGGUGGGGCGGUCGGUCGGUGACAAGAUACGGGAGUACGCUGCGCGCGGCGGCAGGCCGAUGGCAAUGCUGAGCUUCGGCGGCACGGUUCUUGGCAUCCGGCCGUCUCCCGUGGUAGCGGCGUUCAGCUCCCGCGGCCCCAACACCGUCGUGCCGGAGGUCCUGAAGCCAGACAUGAUCGGCCCCGGGGUCAACAUCCUGGCAGGGUGGUCCGGCGUCGCCGGGCCGACGGGGCUCGCCAAGGACGGCCGCCGGACUCACUUCAACAUCAUCUCCGGGACAUCGAUGUCAUGCCCUCACAUUAGUGGAGUCGCUGCACUACUGAAGGCCGCUCACCCCAACUGGAGUCCUGCUGCCAUCAAGUCUGCUCUGAUGACCACCGCAUACACUGUCGACAACACAAACUCCUCUCUCCGGGACGCAGCAGAUGGCUCACUUGCAAACCCAUUUGUUUAUGGUGCCGGCCAUGUGGACCCACAGAAGGCACUUUCACCGGGUCUGGUGUACGAUAUCUCCACCAACGAUUAUGUUUCCUUCCUCUGCUCCCUGAACUACAGUCUCCCACACAUCCAAGUGAUCACCAAGAUGUCCAACAUUACCUGUCCGAGGAAAUUCCGUCCUGGUGACCUCAACUACCCAUCAUUUUCAGUAGUGUUCAAGAAGAAAUCAAGGCAGGUUUUAAGGUUCCGAAGGGAGCUAACCAAUGUUGGCCCAGCGACUAUGUCCGUUUACAACGUGAAGGUCAGCAGCCCUGAAUCUGUUAGUGUCACGGUGACACCGGCCAAACUCGUGUUCAAGAAGGCGGGGCAGAAGCAGAGGUACUAUGUCACCUUCAGGUCGAAAGCUAAUCAAAGCAGCGCGAAACCAUAUUUCGGGUGGAUAUCAUGGGUGAACGAUGAACACGUCGUUCGCAGUCCAGUUGCAUAUACAUGGAAGAUGUGAGGACAGUAAGUUCAGUCCUCUUAAUCAUGCUCCGGAGCAGAUGAAAGAUAGAUAGCUUGAUGUAGUUUGCUGAUCGCUUCACAAAAGGAAUCGGCGUGAAGCUCUCGACUGCAGACCUGUAUUUAUUUCUUCCCCGGUGGGUUUGUGACUCGCGCGGACCUCAAUUUCGCUUUGUAGUUUUCAGUCGUCCGGCAUGAGGUUUUUCUGUGACAUUAACAUGUGAGGUUUCCUUUCUUUCUCGUGUUGUGUUUGCAAACAUGAAAUAACUCUGAAAUGAAUCGGCCGUUUGAUGUGGUGCAA